AUGACAGACGUUAUUCUUGCCCCCCAGAUCGCGGCCCUCAUCAACCAGGCUGGGGAUCUUGUGAUGUCGUGUUGCGACUUCAUGGGCCGCGUGCUUGAUGCUCCAGAUGAUGUCAAGGAGGUUCGAAACGAGGUCGCUGCUUUCCAGAAUGACAUUCGAAGCCUUGAGUCUUUUGUUUUGAACAAUUCCGACGAGUUCAAAGAUGUCAUGAAUCUUAGCAGCAGCAACGGUACUCUAGAGACGGCCAAGAGCAUCAUUGAUGACCUGGCGAAGUAUCUCGAUCUGAAGCGGUCGUUCCCUCCCGCCCCGGCUAAGCUGGGCAGGUUCCAACUUGACAAAAUGAUGUGGCUAAUGAAAAGUGACCACAUACACAAGUUCCUCGACAAGCUGAAGUCGUGUCGCGAGUCUGUCAACCUCACGCUCACCACAUUGUUAACGAAGCAAGUGAAGAAGAUUGAGAAUGAGGUCACACAAAUCGGGUGUAGAUUAACUGACCAAGAGAAACGAAGGAUACUUGCAUGGUUUCACGUCAAUGACAGUUACAUGCGUACUAUGCACGCCAACAAACGGCUCCAGUACGAGCAAAACACUUGCGAGUGGAUGCAUCGAAACCCAGAGUGGGCCAAGUGGCUGUCUGGACCGAGGUGCGGUCACGGACACUGCCGAUACAUCCACAUCGAGGGGAUACCGGGUGCUGGAAAGACAGUUCUUGCUUCAUACUUGAUCGAGAAAAGCGCUGAGCACUGUCGGUCUCUGGGUUCCACGUACUACUAUUGUCACUACACAAGAGCACAGGAUGAAACUAUCCCUUUACUACAGCGCACUAUCAAAGAUCUGAUGGGCCAGCUUGCGAUAUCAAUGGGGGCUCGCUACAUUCCGAAGCGCAUGAGGGAACGGUACGAUGUUGAUACAGAACUUGACACUCAAGAUCUGCUUGCAUGUCUUGAAGAUGUCUCUUGCCAAUUUGAGGAUGGUGUCCGGAUCAUUGUGGAUGCCCUCGACGAGAGCCGAGGCCGGGACAAUUUGCUCCGUGUUCUGAUCACCAUUGGUACUGACGAUCGCUUUCGGAAUGUCUCCCUUCUCACAACAAGUCGGAUUGAACCUGAUAUUGUUGAGAGUGUGCAGAAGCUGGGCCAUCUUUGCACCAUCAUAUCGAUGGCCAACCCGGACGUACGAGCUGACAUUCGGAAGGUUGUGCACUCCGAGUUGACCAAAAGACACUGGACCCCUAAGUUUACUAAGGAGGUGGAAGAUAAACUUGUGAACGGAUCAAAAGGCAUGUUCCGUUGGGUUGCAUGUCAGCUUGACCUGUUGAAGCGUCUUGAGCAGCGUUACAUCAGCGACGAACAAGUGAUUCGCGGAAAGCUCCAAGACCUGCCCGAUGACAUCUUCAAAACCUACGAGCGCAUUCUACUGGAGAUCCCCGAAGACCACAAGGAGUUCGCCCGCACUGCGUUGGCGUUGAUAUGCAGCAAAAGCCAUGAUAUCCCCACAGCGGAAAUCCUCGUCGAGGCAUCGUUGCACUAUGUCCCCUACGGCAAUAUCACGAAGUACAAUGUUGCCGCCCUGUCAAAGAUUUGCGGCUGCUUGAUCAAUGUCAAUGCACUCAACAAGACACCUGACAGCGUCUUCAAUCGCGACAACGAAGGCGUAGUCUUCUCAAGGGUAUCGCUGGCACAUUAUACCGUCAAAGAGUACCUUUUCCACCCUGACACGGCCAAAGGACCCGCCAAAUUCUUCGCUCUCGAGGAAAAGAAUCUGAAAACAGUCUAUAUGACGGUGGUUUUCAACGGACUCUCCCAUUUCCGACCCGGAGGCGGGACCGCGAAGAAAGAUCCUGUCACUCGUUUCGACGAGUUCUGUCUGCAAGAGACCGAACGCUUCCUCAGGUCCCGCGAGCGAGCAUGCGUCUUGGACAAUGACAAGCUCACAAGCAUUGUGAUAUCUUCUCUGAAGCCCUGUGCCCCGCAUGCAGCAUUUCUCAAGCUACAGAGGGGCAUAUCACGGGUGAUGAGGGAUUACUUCAGUACAUGGAACGCAAUGAUACACCAACUAGAGAUACAGCCCCUAGGAGAAGCAGAAGUAACAGACCCUGUCGGUGUUCUUGUUAACCUGGUCCAUCUUCGGUGGAACGAGAUGGCAGAGAGGUAUUUGGAGCACUCAGAUAUCAAGGGUCUUCCUCGACGCACAAGAGACAAACUCUGGACAACAACCUUCAAGUUCAAGGGCAAUGAGUAUGAGCACGAGACGUUGCUGAUGCUCUGUGUCCGCAAGCGCUUGAUCUCUUUUCUCGAACUCUUCACUCGCAAAGGUGCUUACUUUGACGAGGAGAGCGAGAUACUCUUUGCUGCGAUGUAUGAUCCGUACAGGCACAAUUCCUCUGUCGCCCUGGCACUCAGAAUGCUACGAACUAUGCUUGAUCUAGGGAGCGGAGCCAAGCCGGACCCUACGCCCAGCAGACCGGGCGGUCGCUAUCCACCGCCCGAAGAGGCUAGUACCCUGAAAGCUCAAUUCGCAUUCACUCCUCUCCAAGUUGCUACAGUAAUCCUGGAGUACGACCUGGUCGAGGCCCUGUUGGAUGGAGGAGCAAACCCCAAUGGCGUAGGGACAAGAAACGGCCAGAUCCCCCACGACUACCACGAUAAUCCCGACGGCCCUGACUGCAAAUACCUCUGCAAAAUGGGACUCAAGACGCCACUGGAUAUCUGCAGACUAACUCAGCCGCCGUGGGCUAAUCCGGGCGAGAAGGAGGCACUUGUUGCCAGCAAGCGAUGCGAUAUUGAGCGUUUACUCAAACGCUGGGGAGCUGAAGAGCCCGAAGACAGCGAGGACUCCGAAAGCGGGGAAGUUGAUGGCAUGGACAUCGACAGAGAACUCAUUGAUUUAACUUCGUGA